AUGUAUCGCCUCAGUCCUAAGGAAUCUGAAGAGUUGCAGCAUCAAGUUGUGGAGUUAUUGGAGAGAGGCUACAUCCAUGAGAGCCUAAGCCUGUGUGCAGUCCUUGCUCUUCUGGUACCGAAGAAAGAUGGUUAUUGGCAUAUAUGCAUAGACAACAGAGCGAUCAAUAGGAUCAUGCCACCUGAUCCUAAUCCAACAUGGGAGUCAUAUUUAGAUCACCUCCGAGCUAUUUUUGAGAUGUUAAGGAAGGAGUGUUUGUUUAUCAAUCAGAAGAAGUGUUAUUUUUUCACGAAUUUUGUCACUUUUCUUAGUUUUGUUCUAUCUACUGAUGGUGUUCAUGCAAAUCAGUCAAAAGUAUAUGCAACUUUGGAGUGGCCCACACCUAAGACAUUGCACGAUAUUAGGAGUUUCAAUAGAUUGGCAUCCUUGUACUGCCGAUUCAUCAGGAAUUUUAGCAUUUUGAUUACCCCUAUCACAGAGUGCUUCAAGGGACGUGCAUUCCAGUGGUUUAAGGAGGCAGAGGCUAGUUUUUAA